CAGGCUGAUAGGCCAACAAUCAAGAUACAUUCGUUGGCCGAUAAACAUCGGUAUUCCUGUGUUAGGCAAGAGUGAUUUUAAGCUUACAAAGAAAAAAAAAGCAAUCCUACAAAGUGACAUCAUGUCUAAAAUCUUCGUUGUCUGUGCUGUGGUUUUCUUGGCCAGCCUGAACUGGACCAGUGCACUUCCAGUUAAGGACCAGGAUGUUGAGGAUUUGAUGUACAAACUGCAACAACUGAAACAGCUGAACGAUGAGUACCUGUACUUCAACCGAGUGUUGCUCAAUGAAGGAGUACCACUGAGUCUGGCUGAAGUAAUUCGUCCAAACACGUUCGGCCGAAACCAACGCUCGCUGGAUUCAAUUGGGGGAGGAAAUUUACUGAAACGGUCGCUGGACUCUAUUGGAGGCGGAAACUUAUUGACUUUUCCAAAUACUCAAUCAAAUCUGAAGAAUCGAUAUGGUGAAAAAGAAGUAAGCUCGCCAAAACCUAAACGCUCAUUGAAUAACUCAGACCGUCGCACAUUGCUAUACAACUAUUAUGCACGUGGAUUGGCUCCGAUGUAUGAUAAGCGUAAUUUCGAUGAAAUCGAUAGAUACUCCAAGUUUAGUGGUAAAAGAAACAUUGACUUUAUGGAUCAAUUUGAUAAAGUAAGUCAAGUUAAGCGUAACUUUGAUGAAAUUGAUCGAUGGGCUGGCUUCAAUUCACGGCUGAAUCAUGACAGAAAUAUGGUGGACUACGUGAAACGAAACUUCGACGAGAUUGAUCGGUAUGGAAAAUUUAACAAACGUCCUUUUCGAGAAGUGGAAGAAUUAGGGGGAUCUGUUAAGCAAGCUAGCAGCCUUGGUGAUGAAAUGGCCGUUAUCAAUGAAUAUUCGCAAUAAAAGAUAAUUUUGUUGUGUUGAUCAAAAAGUAAAAAAAAAAAAAGAAAUGGCAAGAAAUACAUUCAUAGACGCAAAUACGUCUUUGUAAGGAGAGACGUAAUACAAUCAAUUA